AUGAGUGUAGUUAUUAUCGGAUCGGGCAUUAUUGGCCUUCUGUCUGCUCUCACAUUGACGGAAGCGGGAUAUAAAGUCACGAUCAUCGCGCGUGAUUUACCAGGAGAUGAGACGCAGAGUUGGGCAAGUCCUUGGGCCGGAGCGGCUAUAUUCCCAUACCCCGAUUCAAAUGGCCACUCCCUUCAGGUAGAAACAUUCCGGUAUUACUGGGCUCUGGCACACCGCGACCCUACUAGUGGAGUCCAGACAAUUAAGGCAACCGAGUACUUCGACGAUCGAGACGAUGAUUCCAGUGUUUGGUAUAAACACCUUGUGCCGCGUUAUCACCGAAUCCCAACAGAAGACCUUCCACAGGGUGCCAAAAUGGGAUUCACAUACAAAACCAUGACCGUCAACCCGCUGGUGUUUCUUCCCUGGAUUAAGAAGCACUUAGAGACUAUGGGAGUGAAAUUUAUUCGCAGGGAAGUUAAAAGCAUCGAAGAAGCGCAAAAUAUUGCAGGAUGUAAGAUUGUCGUUCAUGCUUCCGGACUCGGUGCAUAUCAUCUGGCGGGCGACAAAAACGUGGUCGCUAUUCGGGGGCAAACAAUGUUCGUGGAAAACAAGUUUGAUGAAGUGGUAAUGUUCCAAGGAUCGGAAUACACUUAUGUUAUCCCACGAAUGUAUAGUGGAGGUGUGAUCAUGGGCGGAGUGAGCCAGGAAGGAAAUUUGGAACCUGGCGUGGACGAAGACUUGCGAUCGGAUAUUCUGCAAAGAACGAAAAAUAUUGCGCCGAGCAGUUCGGAGUCGGUGAAUUUGAAGGACGACAAAAUCAAAGAUAUUGUGGCCUUUAGACCUGGCAGGAAAGGAGGUUAUCGCCUGGAGCCUGAAGGGAAUGUGGUGCACGCGUAUGGAUUCGGCAGUCUUGGUUAUAUCUACAGCUACGGGGUGGCGAUGAAGAUUCGCGAUUUAGUAGAUUCGAUGGGACUGGUAAAACCCAUUGUUAGAAGCCGUCUAUAA